AUGGCAGUAGCAGCAAAAAACAUCAAGCUUUAUACUUCUUCCUUUUUGGAUAGAAGGUGGAGUACAGUGGGGGAGGGAGGGGUGAAAGAAGGGAAAGAUGGUUGGCGCCCAACGUGGGGCCUGAGAGUGGACAUUUGGACAUCGGACCACCGACCGGACCCCGCGGAGUGGAACUUACAGUUUCUUUUGGCCGUCAACCUACCUCGGGUGGUAGCAGACCCCGUUUUAGGGGUAGCGCUCCCCGAGGAUUGGAGUCCCAACCCUCCGCACCGCCUGAGGAGGACUCCAGGAACGAAAGCCCCCUCGCCCGAUUUUUGGUUGCCGCUUCGACGCGAUUGGAGCCCUGGCCAGGCUUCUCUCCGUCCCGACCCCCCUGUCCCGGCCCCCAAGUCCCCGGUUGUUAGACCUAAAGUUCGGUUUAUUGAAGAGUUGGAAGAUGGCUCCCAGGGUGCCCAAAAUGGCGCCGGCCACAUGGCCGUUCCCGCCAGGGCCCCUUCUCUUCCCCAGAAUCCCUUUCUCCCGAAUCCCAACCCCUUUCUCCCUCCUGACCCAACCCCUUCAUCGGUUACCCCUCCCUCGUACCCCUCCUUGGUCCCGCCUACCGCUCCUCCUUCAAUCCCGCCUGUUGCUCCGCCCCCGGUCCAGCCUCCUAUUGACCCCGCCUCUGCUCCUCCCUCGUACUCAGCUCCUCCUCCGACUCCUCCCGUUUCUCCGCCUCCUGUACCGCCUCCGGUACAGCCCUCCACUGACCCAGCCCAGGUUCCUCCCUCGGCUCCUCCCGUAUCCCCUCCCCCGAUUCAGCCCCCCGUGGAUCCCUCUCCUGUUACUCCUUCCUAUUCGGCUCCGCACCCAAGCUCCACCCAGGGGGCGGAGAGGGGUGCCGCCCCGGUUUCUUACACCCUGACUGGAGAGGGGAGUUCUCUGGCGCAGUGGGUGCCUUUAGCACCGGCCCGGAUCAAGGAACUGUGCAAGGCGCAGAAGGACUACUCCCGGGAGUCUGAAUACUUCCGGGGGUUGCUCCGUAAUGCCCUUGCGCAGGGAGAUCUGGUGCCCGCUGACCUGAGGGCUCUUUUCUCCAGUCUAACCGGCCCUAUGGAGUUUCGCAUUUGGGUGAAGGAGUGGAAGAGGGAGAUUGUGGAGGCUCUCCCAGAUCUUUGGGGGAGUCCUGCCACUUCUCACGAUGCGGACGGCCUGUUGGUGCAGGAGGAACAGCUGUUGGGCGAGGGACAGUGGGCAAAUGGGGCAGCCCAGGCUCGGGCUCUCUUUUCUCAACACCUGACGGUAUCGGCUCAGGCUGCGGAGAGAGCCUUUUUCAAACUGGCAACCGUCACCUCCCAAUGGGAGGAGGACGAGGUGCGGCAGGGCGCGCAAGAGCCCUACUUAGCCUUCAUCGAACGCCUCUACCGUUUCGUAGAGGCACAGGUGUCUGGGGACCGGGAGAGAGAGUCCAUGUUAAGAAAGAUGGCAUAUUAUAAUGCCAAUGCCGAAUGCCGGAAGGCUAUUCGGACUCUCCCCCGAACUCCCCGGCCCACGGUGGAGGCAAUGAUGGAGGCGGUAGUGGCUCAUGUUCCACUCCCUGUGCGCCCGCGCCGUAACUCCGUAGCCUUUGCCGACCUCCCCGAGCCCGAGCCAUUCGAUCUUGAGGCUGCCCCCGCUGCUGGGCCACCGACACCAGGGCCCAGCAGAAGAACAUCAGACACCCACCCCUGCCACUUAUGUGGUGAGAUUGGGCACUGGAUGCCCCAGUGUCCAAUGAGAUUGGAUUAUUUGAACUAUCGGAAACAGAGGGAGAGGGAGAAAAAGUGGACUGUCAUCGGUGACACUAAGCACACGCCGCGAGACGUGCACAUCAUCCCCGGUCUGGUCACUACCGACCGGGAUCGUUUCGCGGUAGGGCUGUACUGUGUCCGACCCCCACUUCUCCUUCCCAAGGGACAGGUUAUCGCCCAGGCCAUCCCCGUGCCCGAUCAAGACCACUGGAGCAGCGGCGCGGAGAAGACAUCGCCUCCGUCGGUGGCCUGGGCGCAGCUCGUGGGGAGGGAGAAGCCCCGCCUGACAUGCCAGCUCUCGUUGGGCGGGGAUCGAAAGGUUAUCAGGGGUCUUUUGGACACGGGUGCAGAUGUGACGAUCAUUCCCUCUCGGGAGUGGCCGUCGCAUUGGGGCUUGCAAAGUGCAGCGGGCACGAUUUCUGGUGUCGGGGGUUUACAAUUGGCCAAACAAUCGAAGAGCGUUGUUCAAAUUAAGGGGCCCGACGGGCAAUUGGCUUCAGUGCGCCCGUUCGUUUUAGAUUACAGCGAGCCUCUCUGGGGGAGAGAUCUGCUAGCCCAGUGGGGAGCCAGAAUUGACCUGCCAAAGGCUCCCCAGGUUUUUCGGGCAGUGGCCACUGAUGAGCGCCGGACUUGGAAGCUGGAUUGGCUUUCUGAUAGACCAGUACAAGUCCAACAGUGGCCACUUAACAAACAGAAAUUGAAGGCGCUCAACGAGCUCGUGCAGGAGCAGCUACUUAAGGGCAACAUCGAGGAGUCCAUGUCUCCAUGGAACUCCCCUGUCUUUGUCAUCAAGAAGCCCAAUAAAGAUAAGUGGCGGCUCCUGACCGACCUCCGCCAAAUUAACGAUUUAAUUGUUGACAUGGGAUCUCUCCAACCAGGGAUGCCCUCCCCAGCAAUGCUCCCCCAAAAUUGGAAUUUGGCAGUAAUUGACAUAAAAGACUGUUUCUUCCAAAUUCCCCUUCACCCGGACGAUGCUCCGCGCUUUGCUUUCACGGUUCCGUCUAUCAACCGUGAGUCCCCGGCCAAGCGCUAUCAUUGGCGGGUAUUACCGCAGGGCAUGAAGAACAGCCCUGUGAUCUGUCAAUGGUAUGUCGCUUCGCUGCUGUCACCUUUACGUACAGCCCUCGGGGAUGCCGUCAUCAUUUAUCACUAUAUGGACGACAUCCUCGUGUGUGCGGCCGACCACAGUCUACUUGCCCAUGCGCUUGACCUGACAACCAAUGCGUUGGUUGCUGCAGGGUUUGAGCUCCAGCAGGAUAAGAUUCAGCGGAUGCCACCUUGGAAGUACCUGGGCCUCCAAAUCACAAAGCGGACCAUUGUUCCGCAAAAAUUGGCUAUUCGGACGAAAGUCCAGACCCUAGCAGAUGUCCAUCAACUGUGUGGGUCUUUAAAUUGGGUGAGACCCUGGCUAGGCAUUCCCACCGAAGACCUAGCCCCCCUUUUCAAUUUGUUGAAAGGGGGAGAGGGGCUUAGUUCCCCUAGGACUCUCACCCCAGAGGCAGAGGUGGCUCUGGAGAAGGUGCAAAAAAUUAUUUCGGCCAGGCAGGCCCAUCGAUACCAUCCGGGCCUGCCAUUCAAAUUUAUUAUACUGGGAAAACUGCCACACCUCCAUGGCAUGAUCCAUCAGUGGGACCAAGACCUGAAGGACCAGGGUCUGGGUGACCCCCUCUUAAUCAUAGAGUGGGUGUUCCUCAGCCACCAUAGGUCCAAAAGGAUGACACGGCCACAAGAGUUGGUAGCCGAACUGAUCCUCAAGGCAAGAUCGAGGAUCAGGGAGUUGGCAGGAUGUGACUUCGCAUGCAUUCACAUUCCAAUUAAAUUGGAAGCGGGCCAAUUAAAAUUAAAGACCUUUGAAGAACUGUUGCAGACCAAUGAAUAUCUACAGUUUGCGUUAGACAGCUACACUGGGCGCGUCGCAGUUGAUCGGCCGGCCCACAAAUUAUUUAAUUCAGAAUUCAAAUUAUCUCUAACCAAGGUCCAAAGUAGGGAACCACUGGAUGCCGUGACUGUUUUUACUGACGCGUCUGGAGCAUCCCACAAGUCGGUUAUGACUUGGAGGGAUCCUCAGACUCAGCAGUGGGAGACCGAUGUUGUUACUGUGGAGGGUUCUCCACAGGUUGCUGAGUUAGAUGCAGUCGUCAGGGCCUUCCAGAGAUUCCCUGGACCUUUCAAUCUGGUGACAGAUUCUGCGUACGUCGCAGGUGUAGUGUCUCGAGCGGAGCAUGCAGUUCUUCAAGAGGUCACCAACAAAAGGUUGUUCGAAUUAUUAAACCGGCUCGUCGAGUUGGUCUCCCACCGCGAGCACCCAUUUUAUGUGAUGCAUGUGAGGUCACACACGGAUCUGCCCGGGUUCAUCGCGGAGGGCAACCGCCGUGCCGAUUCUUUGGCCGCGGCUACCGUUACGCAGGGCCCGCUCCCAGAUGUGUUCGGCCAGGCUAAGAUCAGCCACCAGCUCUUUCACCAAAAUGCGCCCGGCCUGGUUCGGCAGUUCAAUCUGACGCAGGACCAGGCCAAGGCGAUUGUGGCCACAUGUCCCCAAUGCCAGCAACAUCAGAUGCCCACCGUGGUCUCGGGAGCUAAUCCCCGAGGCCUGGCGAGCUGCGAGGUGUGGCAGACGGACGUAACACAUGUUCCAUCUUUUGGCCGGCUGUGUUACGUCCACGUCUCGGUAGACACCUUCUCCGGUGCCAUAUACGCUUCUGCCCACACAGGGGAAAAGGCAGCGGAUGUUCAGAAGCAUCUGCUUCAGGCAUUCGCUGUCUUGGGCAUCCCUAGGGCCCUAAAAACUGAUAAUGGCCCUGCGUAUGUUUCCAAGGAGCUGCGGAGCUUCCUGCAGCAAUGGGGAAUAGUCCAUAAGACCGGCAUCCCCUAUUCCCCGACAGGCCAAGCCAUGGUGGAGAGGGCCCACCAGAGCCUUAAGAAGACCCUGUCCCGCCAACAACCGGCUAUGAAGGUGGAGACCCCCCACGUCCGGCUGUCGAGAGCGUUGUAUACCCUCAACUUCCUUAACUGCUCUUUCGACAACCAAAAUCCCCCAGUGGUCCGUUACAUCUCCCCAAUGGCCCCCGCUGCAACACCGCUGGCCCCAAACCCCGGAGCGCUGACCAUCCUUAUGACCACCUUCUGGCUCCUGAUGUCACCUGCGGAGCCGUGGGUUGUCCCCCAGCCAAAGGUCAACUUCGACUAUACUAUCACCCCCGUAGAGAGGGGCAGUGAGGUGGUCCUCCAGACCAAAAAAGAAUAUCAGGCCAGACAGUGGUGUCAGGCUGUCCUGAAGAUCCUCGGCCCCACCACUACUGGCCGGACCCCUUACUCCCUUCCUCGGGUUCUCGUUAUGGUGAUCCGCGGUCUGGUCCAGAGACUGAUAUCCAGGGCCACUUCUCCCAGCAUUAAUCAUGCGACAGUGCCCAAAGAAGAGCACAUCGAGCUGGGGGACCUCUCCUCGGAGGCCGAAGAAGCUGCAGAUGAGGAGGGGUCGACCGUGCCGCCCGUCGAACAUCUAUGGGCGGACGAGCCCCAGCUCGAAGAAGACGAAGACUGGCCGGACCAGCCGCGGGUCCCUGAAGUUUAA